GUUCUCACCAGCUUUAGCCAACUUUACUGACAGAGACAGGGAGAGAGUGAUCGAGGGAAGCAGCAACAGCAGUAGCAGCAGCAGCAAAUACAGGGCUGCCUUCUCUUUAACUCUCUGUACUUAAUGGCACCCCUCAGCCUUUGUACCUGCUAUUUUCUCUCUGAUCAGUGAAGUGGAAACUGAAAGCCCCUUCUCUAUUGCACCUGCUCAGGCUGCUGCUGCUGCUGGGGGGACUUGUACUUCACACUGAGAGCUGUUGCUGCUGCCUGCAUUUCCCCUUUAGUGCUUCUUUAUUAGGAAGCUCUUUCUUUAUUUUUGUACCUAUCUCAGCACAGUAAAUAUUUGUGUAAAAAUGGAAUAAUUGACACAGAGUAUCAGUGCCUCCUCCUCCUGUGGGGGAGUUAAUAGUGCUGAGGACUUGCGUCUGUACAGAGCAGUGAGGAUGAGGCUUUGCUCUGACUGAAAUACACACAGACAUAGAGACUGGAAUAUGCUGCAGACAAUUUAUGAGAGUGAAUCCUAUUUUUCCUCAGAUGGAGUAGCUGGACGGGAGCAGCUGCUGGCAGAGCAGAGAAUGCACGCCAUGAUCAGCAAAGAUAUAAAGUCUGAGUUUCCCAUUGGCCUGGAACCCAUCUCCCCAUUAGACUUACGGACCGAUCUCAGGACAGCAAUGCCAGUUGUGGAUCCGGUUCUGAGAGAGAAACAGUUGCAGCAGGAACUUCUGAUAAUUAAACAGCAGCAGCAAAUCCAGAAGCAACUUCUUAUUGCAGAGUUUCAGAAGCAGCAUGAAAACCUCACAAGGCAACACCAGGCUCAGCUCCAGGAGCACCUCAAGCUGCAGCAAGAGCUUCUAGCAAUGAAGCAACAGCAAGAACUCCUGGAGAGAGAGAAGGAACAUAAAAUGGAACAACAGAGAAAAGAACAGGAAGCAGAAAGGCAUCGCCGGGAGCAGCAGUUAUGUCACCCUCGAAGCAAAGACAGAGUGAAAGAAAGGGCAGUAGCCAGUACAGAGGUGAAACAGAAGCUCCAAGAGUUCAUCUUGAGUAAGUCUGCAUCUAAAGAAUCUUUGACAAACGGAACCAGUCAUUCCAUGGGACGCCACCCCAAGCUUUGGUACAUGGCAGCACAUCAUACAUCAUUGGAUCAAUGCUCACCUCCGCCUAGUGGGACAUCCCCAACAUAUAAAUGUCCUCCGCCAGGAAAUCACGAUGACUUCCCUUUAAGGAAAACAGCAUCAGAGCCCAACUUGAAAGUUCGGUCCCGUUUGAAACAGAAAGUAGUGGAGAGAAGGAGCAGCCCUUUACUGAGAAGAAAGGACGGCAAUGUUACCAGCUCAUACAAGAAGAGAAUAUUUGAGGUGGCAGAGUCUUCAGUGAGUAGCAGCUCUCCAGUAUCUGGACCCAGCUCACCAAAUAAUGGUCCAGUUGUCAUGGAAGCAGAAGACGAAACGCCUGUCUUGUCGGCCAAUUCCCGUAUAGAGAAUCUGGUUUCACACCAUCAACUUGUGCAUCAUGAAAAGUCUUUAAAUCUCCUGAAUCUGUAUACAUCCCCCUCUCUGCCAAAUAUUACUUUAGGACUACAUGCAACAGCGACACAGCUUAAUACCUCAUCUUCAUUAAAAGAGCAACAAAAGUACGACCCGCAGGCACCUCGGCAGGGGGUUUCCAUGGCCGGACAGUACGCUGGAGGCAUCCCUACAUCCACAAAUCAUGUCUCCCUGGAAGGAAAGGCCAAUAGUAGUCACCAGGCCCUACUGCAACACCUACUGUUGAAAGAACAGAUGCGUCAGCAGAAGAUUUUAGCUUCAGGUGGGACAACAGUUCUGCAUCAGUCGCCCCUGACUGCAAAGGAAAGAGUCUCACCAGCCGGGAGAGUAGCCCACAAACUGCCUCGCCACAGGCCCCUCCACCGAACCCAAUCUGCUCCUCUACCCCAGAGUACCCUGGCUCAACUGGUUAUCCAACAGCAGCACCAGCAGUUCUUGGAGAAGCAGAAACAAUAUCAGCAGCAGAUUCACAUGAACAAAAUACUUUCCAAAUCUAUUGAGCAACUUCGACAACCCGAGGGACAUCUUGAAGAAGCUGAGGAAGAUCUUCAUGGAGAUAAUGUGAUACAAGAAAAGAGUUCCUCUGCGGAUAACACAAGAAGUUACAGCAGUACAGAUCUUAGGACUGGACCUCUCGGAUCUGUGAAAGUGAAAGAGGAGCCACCAGAUAGCGAGGACGAAAUUAAAACACACCUUCAGUCUGAGCAGAAGGCAGUUUUUGUGCAACAGGUAACCUGAACUGUGGGCAUGUUGUGUUCUGGAGAAACACCCUGAUUUUCUAAAGCAACUUGCUGGAGGAAGAACAGGAAUAUGGCAUCCUCUAAAUCAAUGACGGAACCUUCCAUAACCAGAGAUCACGUCUUUCAUUUUUCUGUGGCCAUCAUGGAUGCGAAGAAAUAACAUGAGUGUGAAAUCAGACUCGAUUUUCUUGUUCCAUAUAAACGUCAUUGCUCACAAGAGAAAAUUAUCAUUGUUCAUUUAUAUUUGGAUGAUAAUAUUUACAAAAACAUCUGUGUCGUUUCCUGUUUCAUGGCAAUGCAGGUAUCGGAGAACAUAUUUCUACUUGAAUGUUGCAUAAUUCUAAAUACAGGCAUAGGAUGUAUUAUCUGGACACCGCUUAACCGGAGUGCUGUGAAAAUGGAGCAAUGUGUCCUAUCUUCAGCAAAAAAGUCUGUUUUUAAUUUUUUUUUUAUAUUUUCCUUGCAUUAAUAAAACAGUACCUUGUACUUAAUGUAAACAAAGUUAGGCUAAAUUCAUGCAAACCAAUCCUUUUGGAUUUUAAACUUUCGAAGGGGCAGAUUUACUAAGCCUCGGGUGAAUAUUCGAAUUUCAAAAAGUACAAAUUUCGAAGUAAAUUUUUGGAUACUUUGACCAUCAUAUAGGCUACUUCAACCAU